UUAUUAUUUAAUAAAAAUAAUUUAAAAUUUUAUCAUGAUUUUGCUCAAGGCUCCUUUUCAAAAAUACCGGCUUUUAGCGGAGAAAACACUGUAAUCAAUCAAAUAGAUACAAGUAGAUAACUAAAAUGAUAUAAUAAUAUUCAUCAUAUUUUUUAAAACAUAUUUCAUUCUUUUAUUUUUUAUGAAAGUGACUAGCGAUGUUAGUCAAAAGACAUACAAAUACGAAAGUACACUAGUUAAAGUGAUUUGCAGAAUCGUGGCCUCCCGUAUUCUCAUUUCAUCGCUCUUUCUACCGCAACUUAUUUGUGAUGGUUAGAUCGAUUUCAUUUUGAUAUUUGCUAAUAAAAAAAUAUAUUUUGUUUUUCAAUAAGUAAUCCAUUGCUUCACAUGUAUUUAAUUGACUAUAUGAGACCUUUUGUGUAUUACAUUCUUCCUUAAUAAACCUUGAUUAACAAAUAAAACAGCGAUAAAAACUUUAUAUAGUAAAAGAAAAAGAAAAUUUUGGAAGUCAAUGAAACAAUGGAGUAGGUCUAAUCAUAUAACAAAACACCAAACUUUAAUUAUCAUCUUCAUUAGGUAGGACUGUUGGAGGCUGAUCAACAACCAUGAUAUCACCCUCCAAUCCGCCAAUUAACACCAAAAUUAAACACUAAUCAACACCUUAAUCAAACUGGUAGGAGUGUUUUAAUUAUUCUAAUAUCAAUUAUAAAUUGAUUAAAACUUUUCUUCACUUGGGUCAAUUCAAAUAAAAACAUCAAUCAAGAAACUUUGAAAAAUAUCAAACUUAAACUCUCUUUCUCUCUCUCUAUAUAUAUAAACAAAACUUAGAAACCAAACAUUCAACAAGUUCUCAAACACAAUGGGAUUAGGGAAGGCAGAGAAGGAAAAGACAUGUCCAACAUGGCUACACCCUCUUCUUCAAACAACCUUCUUCACUCAAUGCAACAUUCAUUUGGAUUCAAGCAGAAGUGAGUGCAACAUGUACUGUUUAGAUUGCAAAAAUGGUGCAUUGUGCAGUUCUUGUCUUGUUUAUCAUCACAAUCAUAGAUUCAUUCAGAUACGAAGAUCAUCUUAUCAUGAUGUAAUCCGGGUAUCAGAAAUUCAAAUGUUUCUUGAUAUAACUGGUGUACAAACAUAUAUCAUUAAUGGAGCACGAGUUGUUUUCUUAAAUGGAAGACCACAACAAAGACUCGGCAAGGGAGUCACCAAUACAUGCACACAUUGCCGGAGAAGUUUACUUGAUGCUUUUACCUUUUGUUCCUUAGGAUGCAAGCUUGCAAAAACAGUGAAGAUUCAGAGAAAACUUAGAACAGAUGAUGAAUCAAGGGAAGAAUUGAACUCAAGCAAAGACUCAAAGUGUUCAUACGGUGAAGGUGUCCUAUUAGAAUGCAUUUCAAAGAAUAGAAAAGCAAAAAGAAGGAAGGGAAUUCCAAAGAGAGCACCGAUGGGAGUUUGGUAUUAUUAAUUGUAAUUAAGGAAAAUAUCACUUAAUAUGUUUUCAAAUUUAUGGUGCAUUUAAUCAUAUGUAAAUUGACAAAAUCUUGUUAGGUUUGGUAAGUUGAACCUUUUGCUUAUAAGACAUCAACAUUCAUAGUA